UCGGUACGAGAGCUCACCCAGGCCGCCCACAGCCCCACAGAACUUCCGACAACAAUAAUGUCGAGCACCUAUCCCAUCCAGGCUCUACUCCUCGGCGUCCUCCUAGUGCUCGGCGAAUCGAGCUCCCAGCCCACCUCUGGCGACCGAGCCACCCUCCUAGCUAUCAAGAAUGACUGGGGAAAUCCCAAGCAGCUUGCUUCGUGGGACCCCGCCGUCAACGCCGACCACUGCAACUGGACCGGAGUCGCCUGCGAGGGCGCCGACGGCCAACGCGUGGUGACGGGGAUAUCCUUGCCGAAUCUUAACAUUACCGGCGAGGUACCAGAGUUCAUGUGCAACCUGACGAACCUGGCCCGCCUCGACCUCUCCAACAACAGUCUCACCGGCGGCUUCCCCGGCGACGCGCUCUACCCCUGCUCCCAGCUCCGGUUCCUUGAUCUCUCCAUCAAUUUCUUCAACCGGGACCUUCCGGGCGACAUCAGCCGGUUGUCGCCUGCUAUGGAGCACCUCAACCUGUCGUGCAACCACUUCAGCGGCGCCGUACCGGCCGCGGUGGCCGGGUUACCGGCGCUGAAGUCGCUGCUUCUUGACAACAACCAAUUCACUGGAGCGUACCCAGCGGCCGAGAUAAGCAAGCUCGGAGGGCUCGAGCGGCUAACGCUUGCGUUCAACGCGUUCGCGCCUGCACCGGCGCCGCUGGAGUUCGCUAAGCUGACCAACCUGAGCUACCUCUGGAUGUCCAGCAUGAACAUGACCGGCGAGAUCCCCAAGGCCUACUCAAGUCUAACAAAACUCACGCUCCUCGCCAUCAUGGGGAACAAUCUCACCGGCGAGAUCCCGGCGUGGGUCUGGCAGCACCAGAAGCUCGAGCACCUGUACCUGUUCGACAAUAACCUCACAGGUGAACUGGCGCGCAAAGUCACGGCGGUGAAUUUGGUGGAGCUUGAUGUGUCGUCGAACAAUCUCACCGGAGAAAUACCGGAAGACUUCGGUAACCUCAGGAACCUGAACUUGUUGUUCCUGUACAUGAACCAGCUCACCGGCACCAUUCCGGCAAGCAUGGGGAUGCUCCCCAAACUCAGAGACAUCAGGCUAUUUGAAAACAAGCUCUCCGGCGAGCUUCCCCCAGAACUCGGGAAGCACUCUCCACUGGGCAACCUCGAGGUGUGCAUGAACAACCUCUCCGGCACGCUCCCGGAGUCACUUUGUGCCAACGGAAAGCUCUCCGACAUUGUCGUCUUCGACAACGGAUUCUCCGGCGAGCUUCCCAAGAACCUUGGCGACUGCGUCUUGCUGAAUAACAUCAUGAUGCACAACAACAGCUUCUCUGGCAAUUUCCCGGCGAAGAUAUGGUCAUUUCCGAUGUUGCUCACCGUGAUGAUACAGAACAACAGUUUCACCGGGGCUCUACCGGCCAAGAUAUCUGGGAACAUCUCGCGGAUUGACAUAGGGAACAACAGGUUCUCUGGCUCCUUCCCAGCAUCGGCAACCGGGCUGCACGUGUUCAAGGCGGAGAACAACCUGCUCUCCGGCGAGCUACCAGCCGACAUGAGCAAGUUCCCCAGCCUUGUGGAAUUGUCGUUGUCCGGCAACCAGCUAACUGGUUCCAUACCAGCAUCAAUCAGUUUGUUGCAGAAGCUCAGUACUCUCAACUUGAGCGAUAACAGGUUGUCUGGCGCAAUUCCAUCUUAGAGCAUCGGGUUGCUUCCAUCACUCAAGCUACUGGAUUUAUCAAGCAAUGGAAUCACGGGUGGUAAACUAGUAAUGGUUAGGGAUAAGCACCUUGUGCACGAUAGGAUCUGAAGUUCUUGAGUUGUAACCAAACUGUUGAGGAUGCAUCAUGACAUUUGGUUUCAUUUCAAUGGAGUGGAGGCUUGGAGGUGCUCCCUGUCAA